AUGACCGAGAGUUUUGUAAUUCUUGCGCUGCCAUACUUGCAGCCGUCGCAGGACCCCCUGCAGUCCGCCCAAUAUGAAGCGCUUGUGCGUCAGAUGGGCCCUCUGGGACAGACGUUUCGCCACUUUUUUAUCCCCAGCCUCAAGAUUGGCACGUUGGACUCUCUAAUGGAGGCAAGCGAUGAGUUAGCGAAGCUGGAUCCGAUGAUGGAGAACAAUCUGCAGAAGUUGAUUGGGCUGAUGGAGGAAACAUCCGGAAAGCCGCGCAGUGUAGUUACGACGUUCCGAAUCAACCAAACUCAGGAAAUGUCGUCCGCUGGCUACAUCAAGAACUUCCUGUGGAGCAGUGCGCAGUUCGACCCCAAGGAGACAAUUCAGAACCUAAUAGAGAAAUUUUCCCGAAUCAACGCUACAGCUGAUGAACGUGUCCGUGUCAUGCUGGCGGAGUACACUGAAACUCGCAACAAACUCAUAGCGGCGAACCGGAAGGGUGAGGGAAACCUGUCCAUCCGUCCGAUUCGAGAGCUAGUCGCCCUCUAUAAUCGGGACUAUCAGUGCUUUGUCGACACGGAGUUGCUGGCCACCGUUUUCGUAGCGGUACCUGUGGCGGCGCAAAAGGAGUGGAUGGCGACUUACUGGAAGAUGAGCGAGUAUGUGUGCCCGCAGUCGAACCGCGUUGUGGCCGAAGACAAAGAAUACGUGCUCAACAGCAUUGUUAUAUUCCGGAAGGUCAUGGACGAUGUAAAGACGGCGUGCCGCAAGAAGCGUUAUGCUAUCCGCGAAGUGGAAGGCACCGAUGACCUUUCUUCCGCCGAGUUGCGGAGCUUGCAGCAGAAGGCGGAAAAGGAGAAGAAGGCGCUUUACACGCUACUGUGGCAGCAGUAUUGCACCUGUUAUGUUGCCUGGAUUCACCUCAAGGCGGUGCGGGUGUUUAUCGAGGCGCUUCUGAAGUUCGGACUCCCGCCGCGCUUCAUUGCUGUGGUGCUGCAGGUGCCUGCGGAUAAGGAGGCCGAAAUCCGCAAGCGUAUUGCGCAGGUGUACCCCGACUUGACGACGCCGUUGGCGAAUGAUGUGACUGCUGAUACUGGUGCUUUACAGCAGGAGUACCCCUAUGUUUCCUUGAAAGUGACGAACGUGCAAAAAUAG